AUGGAAUCAAUAAUAGGCUCAGACUACGAUAUACCAUCUAGAGAUAUAAAUCAAUUCACAAAUCCGCAUCGUCAAUGCAUUGACUAAAUAUCAUACUUGUAGUAAAUUCAAAGGAAAGUGCAAGCUGAAUUGGAUCUUGUGCCAAUGCCUGAAUAUAACUAUAACAGAGUUAAGCAUGGAGAUGAAGAUGACUCAUAUAAUCAUGUUAAAACUAUAAAGACAGCGAAAUCUAUGCUUGAAGAAGACAUAUUUUUAAAUAACUAGUAUGUACCAAACGCUGGAUAUGGUUACGGAUCUGCUGCUAAUAUUUUAUCAUCUGAUAAUACAUUCAGAAGAGCCAGUGAUACAGAAAGCCUAGAUCACAUGAGAAGUGACAGUUCAUCUAUCAAUCAGAGAGAAGAAAUGCCUCACAACAUUAAUUCUCACUCUUCAAUGAGGGAAGUAGAUUUCUAACUUACUUAAACACAAGGAUCAAGACUCCCGAGAAAUCUGAACAAUCAAGAUUAGACUCUCCAAGGCAGAAAGAAAUCAGUCUCUUUCAAGUAAAAUCCAGGGGAUGGAUUUAUUUCAGGAUAAGGUGUAAUAACCCGAGAUGACAUACCCACAAUUGCCAAUGGAAUUAUUUAAGAAAAAUUGCAUUCAAUUAAGGACUAACUUCAAGAUAUAUAUCACAAAAACUAACGAGUCUAGUAAGAUAUAGAAGAAGGGUACAGCUGCGACAACAUAAAGAUUAUGGAAUUGGUAUUAGAGAACAUCUUACUACAUUGGGAUGACAUCAUGAAUCUGCUUAUUGACGACAUUAUUGAGGAAGAAGUUGUAGAGCUUAAUAAAAUAGAGGAUUUGAAGAGUGGCAGAACUGAAAGAAGAAACAAAAGGAGAAAUAAAGACAAUGGAGUUUAUGAGUAUUAUCAAACUCAGGAAGAUACAAGAUAUCUACCUGAAGAUAUACAGUUUGAAAAGAGAGAUUACAGUCAGGUAGAUCUGCAGGAUAUUUUCAAGGUAUUUGAUGAUUAUAAGCAGAUUGAGACUUCAAUCCAAAGGAGGUUAUGA